CACUCGUGCGUCCGGGUUUUCUGUCUCUCCCCCUCCAAUGUAUUUCCUCCUCGCUUGCUACUAGUUUACCUUCACUUGUUCUGCCUUCACUCGGAGGAGGAGGAGGAGGAUGGUGUAUGAUUGGCCAGGCGGGGACUGAGAGUCCGGAGGCUGGCGCUGCGCUCCGCGUUUAUUCUUGUUUACACCUUGCGGACGGAGACGGAGACUGGCCAGGCCAGGGACACAGAGCAGGCUCGGGAGUCCAGUCUGCUGCGGCAGCGGUGAUCACCUCGUGGUUUUCUACUCGUUGUGGUCGCAGAAGAAGUUUGAAUGUGAUGGGAAACGGACUCUCUCUCUCUUUCUCUCUCUCUCUCUCUGCUCUACUUUGCCUCUUUUCGCAGCAGCGACGCGUCAAACUUUUUGGGUGACUUUUGUGGCACCUUUGCGCUCAUGGCUGCCUGUCAAACCGGCUGCAGAUAUAUACGUGGACAUGUCAUCUACUGUGAAUAGACCCGAUAACGAGUGUGACACGGACCUCCUGAAACUUUGAUUGCGGGCGGAGAUUACACAGUUUCGAUUUUGCUCAUCCACUGACAAGUUGCUCGGGGAUGGAUGCGCUUUGAAUGAACUAUUUACGCAGAAACGCAUCAUCCAUCAACAAUUACGGGACUCCUGGGAAAAUCAUCCAGGGUUAAAGACAUUGUCGGACAGACGCCACUUGGUGUGUGUCUGUGUUUAAAGCACCGCAGGUUACCCCGCGUGAACAACGGCGUAGCCGGAAAAGAUGCACUCUGUUCGGAUGCAGCGCGACCAAGGUCUCGGCCCUCUUGUUCUUCUCCUCCUGUUCGGUGGAUAUGUCGUGUCUGGCACCGAGAGCAGCGACUACAGCGACGCUGAGGUCCUCCCAGACUCCUUCCCGUCUGCACCGGCAGAACCUCUGCCAGAAUUCCUGAUGGAGCCAGAGGACGCUUUCAUUGUAAAGAACAGGCCAGUGCAGCUACGGUGCCGAGCGUCGCCAGCCACACAGAUCUACUUCAAGUGCAACGGCGAGUGGGUGAAUCAGAACGAUCACAUCCCCAAAGAAAGCCUGGACCAGGUCACAGGUCUGGUGGUGAGGGAAGUGGACAUUUCAGUGUCGAGGACCCAGGUGGAGGAGCUGUUUGGUCUGGAGGACUAUUGGUGCCAGUGUGUAGCCUGGAGCUCGGCUGGCACCACCAAGAGCAACCGCGCCUACGUUCGCAUUGCAUACCUGCGGAAGAACUUUGAGCAGGAGCCACUGGGGCGGGAGGUGCGACUCGAGCAGGAGGUGCUGUUGCAGUGUCGCCCCCCAGAGGGCAUGCCUGUCGCUGAGGUGGACUGGUUGAAAAACGAGGAUGUCAUUGAUCCGUCGCAGGACCCCAACUUCCUGAUCACCAUCGAUCACGAUCUGAUCAUAAAACAGGCCAGACUUUCAGACACCGCGAACUACACCUGUGUAGCUCGCAACGUGGUGGCAAAGAGACGCAGCAGCACCGCCACGCUCAUUGUUUACGUGAGUGGAGGUUGGUCGUCUUGGACUGAAUGGUCAGAGUGUAACGCACAGUGUGGGCGUGGCUGGCAGCGACGCACACGCAGCUGCACUAAUCCUACUCCUCUGAACGGAGGAGCCUUCUGUGAGGGUCAACCUUUCCAGAGAGUGACCUGCACCACACUGUGUCCAGUGGAUGGAGGCUGGACAGAGUGGGCAAAGUGGUCCGCCUGUGGGACCGAGUGCACCCAUUGGCGCAGUCGCGAGUGUCAAGCUCCCCCUCCCAGGAACGGAGGAAAGCACUGCAGCGGCAGCAUGAUGGAGAGCAAAAACUGCACUGAGGGGCUGUGUGCACGUAAUAAAAAGAUUUCUAUUGAACAUGCAAGCCAUCCGCUGGCUCCAGGUAUGGGCGUGGCAGUGUACGCGGGUCUGGUGGUGGCGCUCCUGCUGUGUGUGAUCCUGGCUCUGUGCGUGGGAGGGCUUGCAUAUCGCCGCAGACGCCGCCAUCUGCAUGGUGAUAUCACCGAUUCUUCGUCCGCUCUGACCAAUGCGUUCCACCCUGGCAACUACAAGCCACCGAGACAGGAUCACCCUCACCCGCUGCAUCCCUCAGUUCCCCCGGAUCUGACAGCCACAGCAGGAGCUUUCCGCGGGCCGCGCUUCUCUCUGCAGCACGGGGUCAACGACAGCCCCCACAAAAUCCCCAUGACCACCUCUCCGCUGCUGGACCCUUUGCCCAGUCUCAAAAUCAAGGUGUAUAACUCCUCCACUCUUUCCUCCGUGGAGCUUCCUGUGGACAUGAGCUUAGGUGAUGGGGAGAUCCUCAGCCUCAAGUCGGUGGGAACCGUGGGCAGAGAGCGCGAGUACCACAGUCACACCCUGUCCAGAGAGCCAGGGCUGAGCACCAGCGCCACCUUGGGUAGCCUGGGAGGACGCCUCACCAUCCCGAACACAGGUGUGAGCCUGCUGGUCCCUCCUGGCACAAUCCCCCAGGGGAAGUUUUAUGAGAUGUACCUCAUUAUCAACAAGUGGGAAAAAACAACGCUACCCUCUGAAGGCAGUCAGACAGUAUUAAGUCCCGUGGUCAGCUGCGGUCCAUCUGGUAUGCUACUGAAUCGUCCCGUGGUCCUAACGUUGCCCCACUGUGCCCAGCUAGACACACCCACACCUGACUGGACCAUCACACUCAAGACUCAGACGCACCAGGGGUCGUGGGAGGAGGUGCUGACAGUGGGUGAAGAGACUUUGUCGUCGCCGUGCUACCUGCAGCUGGAGGAGGAGUGCUGUCAUGUUCUCAUGGAACAGUUGGGAACGUAUGGCCUGGUGGGCCAGUCCUGUCCACCGCAGCCCGCCUGCAAACGCCUGCAGCUGGCUCUGUUUGCCCCGCGAGCGCCAUGCCUUUCCCUCGACUUCAGCCUCCGGAUCUACUGCAUCCAUGACACACCACAUGCCCUCAAGGAGGUGCUAGAUUUGGAACGGAGUCUGGGUGGAGUUUUGCUGGAGGAUCCUAAGCCGCUGCUCUUUAAAGACAGCUACCACAACCUGCGUCUGUCCAUCCACGAUAUCCCUCACACUCACUGGAGAAGCAAACUGCUGGCCAAAUACCAGGAGAUCCCGUUCUAUCACAUUUGGAGCGGCAGUCAGAGACCUCUGCAUUGCACCUUCAGCCUGGAGAGAGGCAGCCUGGCUGUGUCGCAGCUCACCUGUAAGAUCUGCGUGCGACAGGUGGAAGGGGAGGGACAGAUAUUCCAGCUUCAUACAGACAUCCAGGAGACGUUACCACCUCACUCGCCACUCCCCUCAGGAGGCGCCUGCCUGCCUUCCUCCCAAGUGGGACCCUAUGCCUUUCGCUUGCCUGAUUCCAUCCGCCAGAAGAUCUGUGCCAGUUUGGAUGCACCCAGCGCGCGCGGGUGUGACUGGAGACUACUGGCACGUAGUCUGGGCUUUGACAGGUCAGAUCAGCCUCACAUGUUUAGGUGUGAAAGGCAGCCUGGUCAGGCUGACGUUGUGAUGCGGAGGUACCUAAACUACUUUGCAACAAAGCCCAGCCCCACAGGUGUUCUACUGGACUUAUGGGAAGCUUGUCACCAAGGUGACGCGGACCUGGUCUCUCUGGCGACUGCACUGGAAGAGAUGGGCAAAAGUGAAGUGCUAGUUGUCAUGACAACGGACGGAGAUUGUUGAUCAGUCAUGGAGAGCGAGCAAGACGUUCUUUUUUCUUUCUUUUUUUUUUCUACCACCGUGAAGAAAAUAAAAUACCUGCCUAUGAAUAUGCACAGACUGA